UUCCCUGGGUUGGACCGUGGGAUACUGAGUACUCUUGGGGGCUUCAAAAACAGAACGACAAGGUUCUUAUGGGCAACUCAGAGCAAACGGGGUCUGUUUUACUGAGGGGCCUCUUUAGACACAGUUCCAUUCCAUGGCCUGCCAUCGGUUGCGAGCGUACCUUUUGGAAAUGACAUCGGUAAUUUUGGCCAGAUUGGCAUCAAUCUGUGAGCAGAUGUCCAACUACAUCAAAACAAACUCACCCUUUGUGAUCGAGGUGCUGAUGGUGUCGCUCUGCUUUGGCGCUAUAAUCAGCAGAUAUUUAAUACUGACCUAGACGGAAUAUAUAUAAAAAUAAAUAUAUUCAAUAAAACAAUUUGAAUAAUAAAAUGAA